ACUCAGGUACUCCAGGUCGGACUCAUGAUCUCCACCACCUCUAGCACCGUUGAGAUGGUCACGCAGGGGAAGCUCCAGAUCAACUCCAUCGACAGUGUGGAAGAUAAGAAUUCUGGAAAACUGGGAUGCUUUGGCUGGAUUUUGGUGAUCAUAUCCCUCCUCUUCAUAGCCGCUACGUUCCCUCUCACCAUAUGGAUGUGCGUGAAGAUAGUGAAGGAGUACGAGCGAGCCGUCAUCUUCAGACUUGGACGUAUCGCCGACAGGAAACCUAAAGGACCAGGACUUUUCUUUGUGCUUCCCUGCACCGACAACUUUGUCAAAGUUGAUCUGAGGACAGUUUCGUUCGACAUUCCCCCUCAAGAGAUCUUGACCAAAGACUCAGUGACGGUUAGCGUGGACGGCGUGGUCUACUUUCGGAUAAACUGUCCCAUCUCUGCUGUGGCCAACGUGUCCAACGCUCACUCCUCCACCAGACUUCUGGCCCAAACCACCCUGAGGAACGUGCUGGGAACCAAGAACCUGGCGGAGCUGCUGUCGGACCGAGAAGGGAUCUCACUCAGCAUGCAGGAGUCCCUGGAUGAAGCCACAGAUCGGUGGGGGAUUAAAGUGGAGCGUGUUGAGAUCAAGGAUGUGAAGUUGCCACAGCAGCUGCAGAGAGCCAUGGCAGCCGAGGCCGAGGCCAGCAGGGAGGCUAGAGCCAAGAUCAUUGCUGCAGAAGGAGAGAUGAAAGCGUCCCGGGCGCUGAAGGAAGCGUCCCUGGUCAUCGCAGAGGCGCCUUCUGCUCUGCAGCUGCGAUACCUGCAGACACUCAACACCAUCGCGGCCGAGAAGAACUCCACCAUCAUCUUCCCGCUGCCCAUCGACAUGAUCCAGACGUUCAUGCAGAGGAAGUAGCCUGAAAGCUGAGAAUCUUAACAUGUUAGCCGUUUAUUUGCACUGGACACUUCUCUAUUUCUCAACUACAGAGCAGUUAUGCUGUCAACAUAUUUCCUUCUGCUGAACAGGUUACGUUUUCGACGGCGGUCUGUGUUCAAAAUAAUAAAAGUGAUGGAAAUAUGCGAGCAAAUGAUGAAGUUUUCAGGGGUGAUCUGGAUCACCGUCUGGAUUUAAAGAGCAACUAAUGGCAGGUCUGAGCGUUGUUUACAAUGAUAUCAAAGAGCGUCUCUGGACUCAAGAUAAACUUAUAACUGUUUGAUAGGGAGCUGGAUUCAGGCAUUAGUUGCUUUUUAACAUCUGGAGAUUUUUUCAGACCGUUUUCGGAAUAUGUGCCAAAGUGGCGUUCAGAUCCAGGAAUUUCUUUUUGAAGGAUACUUUAAUACUGGAAGACUGUGAUGGCGGUGGACUGAAGCUGCCUGGCAGAGGUUUGCACUGUCUGAGUGCUUUUCUAAUUAAAUCUUUGUUUAUAUUGUCUCUCCACACCAAAGCUAACCGUACUUGUUUAUUGUUGUCAUUUAGAGCUAAAUACAAAGUGCAACAUUGACAGUGUAGGUGUGUGUGUGUUACUACGACUACACCACUCGGACCAGUCAACAACAUGUAUGAAAUGCACAA